ACGGAAGAGAGUGGACAGCAAGAGGAGGGAGAAGGAACAAUGGAGGAACUGAGUGGACUAGUUGGAAACAUACCAGUACAACCAAGGUUUACCCUCUCAGUCUGUCGGUCGUUGCAUUCUCAUGUAGUUCAGCUAGUAAAGGAUCAGCUGGGUAAGAGAGGGCUCCAACCAUCAGAUGUUAUACUGAGAACGAACAUCAAGUUCCUAACCAGUGCAGCUGGACUCGCUGAAGUAAGACUCUUUGUCGCCGAAAAGUUUGAACAAUGGGUUCAAAACUCUAAGAUGGUGAAGCAGGUACAAGAGUUGCUCUCUACAGUCGCCAUUAAUUCUCAUCAGAAUACUCCGGAGGAUGUGAGAGUCUUAGAGACGCUCCUUAACGUCAAGCUCAAGACCAGGUUCUUCUCACAGAACUACGUCUCUUGCAUAAAGGAGUUUGUUAGUGUCCACCAAAGUUACAUUAGCAUUGUAUUAAGACGAGUAGUUAACAAUGAGUUAUCUCAGACCGUCCGUCAACCGACCAACAUUCAAGUGUUGACCAGCAUAGUCCAACAGUAUCCUGAAGAAUCCAUGAAAGUAUUAGGUUCUGUAUUUCAGGAUUUUCUUUGUCGCAAGGAAGAUUUCUUGCGCGCUCUGAGAGGGUUUUUACGAGAGCUUGUUAGACGUUGCGAGGGUUUCCCGUUUAGCGUGUUCGCUCGCUCUCUGAUGCAACAAAGAUCGGAACCGGAGUAUAGCGCCUUGGACCAACCUCACAAAGAGCGAAUGGCUACCUCUCUAGCUGAUCUCAUAUCUGUUACUUGUCUCCUCUCAGUCUCUGCUAGUAUAAGAGAGCUCUAUUCCAGUUAUAACAAAGGGGACAAGACUCAUUCUCAGUCUCUGGCUCAGUUCUUUGACACUCUUGGUCUGAUACAGCGUGAUGCUGUCUGGUGGGUCCACUCCAUCCUACCAAACUUCCUCAGACCUCAACCCUCCGACUAUAAAGCCUGUCUACGUAAGGUAUUAUUCCUGGAGCCUCAUGAUUCUUAUUGCGGUAAAGAUAACUGGCCACCAGAGACUGAGAGAGGAGCCAUUCUUCAACUGAUGACAGAGUGCUCACUGAAGGGAGACACUCUCAUGAGAAUACUGGUCAUAGGCCUGGAUAGGGAUUUGCCUCUAUCCCCGAGUGAUGCUCUAGAUAUCACUGAUAAACUGGUUGCUAGAGCAGCCAAUGUUCAUACUAAUGAUAUUCCUCGUGUUCCAUCAUUGGAUAAGAGAGAGCUCUUUGAUGCUAUUUUUGAUAUAACUGCCUAUCGUCCUCCCUCCUCCAUAAUGCUCCCAAAGUCUUACAAACCUCCCGAUCUUGCCAUCUCUAAGUUGUAUUGGAAAGGAUGGCUCCUUCUCCUUGUACUAGCUGCCUUUAAUCCUAAAACAAUUGGUUCAAUAGCUUGGAGUGAGUACCCAAUGCUGCAGGCUAUGAUGAUAAUGGUCAUGACUAAUGAAUAUUCACAUUCACUGACCAUUGCAAAGUCCAACAGAGAAGCAUCAUCAUUACAAGAAGAGAAGAUAGUCCAAGAAGAGAAAGAGGUGAUAUUGACAUACGAGAAUCACCUAGCUGUAUCUUCAUCAUCAACUGAAACUGAAGUGACAGAGUCAAACAGUUACCUCUUGAAUCAAGUGAUGUUGCUUGACCCCAGAGGACCAGCGAGGAAGCUUCCCUCUUCAGCACUAGAGCUUAUAAAGACUGUCAAUGGCUCAUUGAGAUUAGGCCAGUUACUGUGUCAGUGCAGACAGCCUGACUUCCUGCUAGAGAUAAUACAGCAACAGGGCACCAGUAAAGCAAUGUCGUGGUUGAGAGAUCUUAUAGAUGGGAGUCAUUCUUCACUGGAUGUUCUUCCUGUCCCUUGUCUGUGUGAGUUCCUCAUCACUAGCUAUCAGGAGAAGAGGUCCCUCGGUAGUUCUGCUAAGCAUGAUGGCUCUGAUGCUGAUGGAGCUGGAUCUCAUCGGACUCACUUUAAGAGACGACAAAGGACAAAAGAGAAGGUUCAUUAUCAACACGAUCAGAUUAUCGGUCGUUUGAGGUCACUAAUAUUCAGUUCAUCCAAUCCUGAGAGUGUACUGGAUAUACUGGAGUAUUUCAUUAGUAAACUAACAUCAUCAUCUUCCUCGCAGUUAGCACUAAAAUCAUUGCAAGAUAUCCUCCUUCCAAACUCUCCUCCAGGAGGAUCAAUGGACAUUAAAAGUGAAGAGAGGCCCUCCUCUUCGUGGCUUUUAAAUCACAUUCCAUCUCUGAGCGUUUUUCCGACCAUAUCGACCCAACUAGUCUCGUCUGUUCUCAAAGCUUGCUGUCAUGAGCUAAACACGCAUCUCUUCAUGUCUUACCUGCUCUUUAUCACCACUCACUCCCCAAGAGACAACAGGCUCCCGUUAAUAGGUACAGAGCUAGCUGUCCUUCUCUCUAGAAGGUUCCCUUUCUUUAAGAAAGCUUACCAAAGUGCCCAGUCUCCUCUCCAACUCCUCCUCUCUCUCCUGGACCUGUUCCAGAUUACACUGGAAGCAGCUGUGAAACAAGACUUUCAACCGCCUUCAUCUUAUCCUGAAGCUGAUCUUGUAAUCCUCUCCCUCCCUUCUCUCUCAGACGAUUGUGAAAUUGUCGUUGUUACUCAAUUCGUUGAUGCUGUUUUUCUAGUUCUUUCCCUCAUGCCACCAGGCAGCCCAUUGACCAGCCCAGGGGAGUCCCUCUUUAAUGCACUAUUACCAGACAGUGAGCAGGGGAGACCAGCUCAGGCUCUUUCCAUGGGGACCAGAGAGCCACAGCAGCUAGCAAAGGGACACGUACUAGAGACUCUCUUCAUUAAUCCUAACACUGACCUCACGCGUAGACUCAUCAGCACUCUAAAUGAGAAGCAAGUGUGUCACCUACUCUCACUGUAUGGCGUACCAUUAGUUAAUAUGGACCUUGUUCUUUAUACAUUAGAUCAAAUGUGUGAUAAUGAUGACUUUGUUCUAUAUCCUGAUGUUAAAUCUCUACUAGGUCAAGUGAGGAGGCAGCAUAUACGUGGUUGUACUAGCGGACACAAGUUUCUCUCUUACCUAGCGACCAGGCAGCAGAAGCAGCAGCAUCCUAAGUAUUCCUCUACUACUAGUAGUGUCUCUAUCAAUAAGAGGACACAAGAUGAGGAGGUUCCUAUGUCUGUGUGUCCUACUACUGCUACUGUGUCUUUGCUCAGUAUUGAAGAAGCUGUUUCGAUUGUUUUUGAAUCACCAGAUGACCCUAGAUCUGGGCCAGCUGCUCAGAGAUUGGUUUUGUAUCUGUUGUCUUUACUGAGAGAUGAUCAUUAUUUGGAUGCUAAAGGAACAGACUCAUCUGUACUGGGUCUUAUCAUUAACAAAAUGUCCUCCAUUUCUCCGUCUUCUCUCGAUCCUGUCUUCAAGCAGUCAUACUCAUGGAAUCUGUUCCAUUUAAUAGCUCGCUCACUCCUUAAGCUCUCCCCUACUCUCACUAAAGCUUAUCUUGAGUCCUCUCUCUCUAUCAUCAAAGCAACUGGCUCUGGCUCCAAACCCAGACAAAUACUUGGGUCUUGUGUGGCACUCUUAACCCCCCAGCCGCUUAACAUCCCUUCCUUCUCUUUCAACAAAGGCUCUCACGCUAGCAAAUCUCCUGGCAUCGUCAUCCAGCCUGGGCAUGAUUUAGAAGAGACGCUGCUUCCCUUUGCUCGUUAUUCCAUACUCAACGGAUCCCAGGAUCACUUCAUAGACUCCUUAUUGAAGCUAAGGGCUAGGGUACCAUCAGUCAAAGGCCUCCUCUGUGAUAUUGCAGAGCUAAUGGAUCCUGAAUUAGUACUGGUUUCUCCUCUAAUGCAUGUUAGUCUCUUCUCUCAGUCCGAGGAUGUUGUGUAUUUGCUGGAGAAGUUCCUUCAUCAUGUUUCCCUGGCUACACUCCAGGCUACACUAGUCAAGGCAUUGAGCACCCCUCCUGAAAAAGAUGUCAGUUCUUCUUUGUUGUUGAACCUCCUCUGGGCUAGUUUGCACUUGCCUAAUCUCUGGCAGGGGAAAGUAAAGAAAGAAGCAAUCAUAGACAGCAAUUUAUGCAUGGGAAUUGAAGAGAUUCAUCAGUUAGAGCUCUCCACCAAUCAGUUGCAUAACAUUGUCGAGCACAUUUUGAAAGAAAUGUCACAAAGUCAUGAUAAUGGCAGGAGCCACUGUUCACUGCUCUCAUCAACCUACCUACCACUACUGGUUACCUGUUCCAGGAAUAAAACUAGAAUGGUUGCCAGAUAUAUAUCAGAGCAUAGCUCCAGUCAUGCCCCAUACCUAUUAUUACUAUUGUAUUAUGGUGAUCCAUCAGUUAGCUCAUUCCUAAAUCAUUCGAUUUACUCUGAGCCUUCGUCUUUCUCUCUUCCAUCCAAGAUGGACUCCUAUCUUCAUUACCUACUCACUGCAAUGACCAACGUGUCUUCGGAAAUUGAUUCUAAUGUCCGUAGAAUGACAGCUGCUAGUUUAUUGUGUCGACAGAUAUCAGUUGCCCACCCAUUACUGAUCUUAAGGCAUCUGCCUCUCCUUGGUUGCCUUUUGAAAGGCCGGACUCAUUUGAAUUCAAGAAAGUUCAGUUCUCAGCAUCAAAUUGUCUUCAAUAAUAUAUUCCACUUGCUUCAUUUGCUGAGGCCGCUAAUAUUCUCUAAGAGCGCUGAUCUCGAGUCUUGUUUGGAAUCUUUCAUGUCCUACUUGAAAAACCAGUGCCUCAGUGCUUCGGUCCCACACAGUCUCUUUAAUAAAGUAUUGUCAUUUCUCACCGAGUACUGUCAGCAGUCGCGAGAUCAAGCACGAAAGUUCCUCUCCUCACACUCUGAAACUUUAGAGAGUUUAAGAGAUGCCUUUCCAAAGCAAAAGAAAGUUCUACAGGAAAUUCUAAAUGUCCUUCCAUCCAAAUCGAAGGGUUCUUUUGUCCGCGAGAAAUCCCUUGAAAUUGAGGGAACGCCCCCCGUGUCAUCACUACUGACACAGAGUCACUCUUAUACACAAGUACUCCCUUUUUUAAGGAAAUUAGAAUACGGACAGACUCAAGAAGAUGUAUUACAAGUUUUAAAGGAUCUUGAAGACAGCUCUCUUAGAUCAAUAGACAUCCUUCAUCACUUCAUACCUGUCCUUUGUCGUGUUAUUCAGAGCUCUGAUAUCUCUUGUGUCAAGAUAGCUCACGAAAUCAUCUUACGAUACCUGAGGCACGAUCCAUCUUCAUUGCCGGACAUACUACCCUCAAUAAUGGCGUCGCUAAAUUCACCAAAUUACUUAAUAUCUAUGACUGCCAUACCUUACAUAGGGGAAAUAAUACUUCUCUCAUCAGGUAAAGAAGCAUCUCAAUUGCUCUCUUGUCUGUUUCAUUAUGCUGUGGCAUCGCCAGUCAACUGUGGCCAGGAGUUGAAACAAGUUGUUUCGUCACUCACUCUGCAUAUAGCAGUUUAAAAGCACCUAUUUUUCUCACCUUUUCUUGUCAUUUUUGUUGUUGCAAAGAUAUCUAAUUUUAUCUAUUAA